AUGCUUCAAAGAACAUACCUCACCCACCAACUCUUCACCGUCGCUCCUUCCACCGAAAAACAACAACUACUCUCCCGCUCUCAACCUCUCCGAAAUAUCCGAACUAUCCGAUUCGAACUAUCUACGACUACCAAUACUCUCUACUCUACAUCUACAUCUCCGAAUUCCUAAUCUCCAGUUUACUUUUCGCACCCCGCCGAAUCGUCCGACGAGCACAGGCCACCCUCAUAAUCGUCUUAUAACUGCUGCAACCACGGUCUAGAGCGAGAUUCUUCGAUGCACUCCGAAGCACCGGACGCUUCCACCAAGCUAAGCAGAAACGCAUAACUACAUUCGCCCCUCGCUCCUUCCGAACGACACAACUACAACUACAUCUAUCCCCCAGCACCGCGAUUUAGCUCGCGGAUCCACGCACAGUUGUGCCUUCACCCACGAGUCCGCUCGACAAUCGAGCAGUCAUGCCUUCCUUAGAAACGCCGGUCUUGACUGUCGACGCCAACACAAUACACCGAAUCGACACCAGAAACGUCGAAAACCUCUUCAGUAUAUGGACCCUAUUCUCCCGAUGCUCAGGCUCAAUCGAGGAGGGACGUCGUUUGGAAAACCUCAGCUGGAGGUUAUGGAAUAGAGAGACCUUCUGCUGUGCUCCAGGUGAGGCGAAUGCAACCACACCCGCCAUCUCGAUAUCGCAACGGAGUUCAGAGGGUCGCUACACUGCCGACAUCCCAGACCUGUCCGGCAGCAUCGACUCGAUCGACGAGGAGGCCAUUGAAUCCGAUAACGAGGAGAGCCAAUCCACAUCAGCACCUCUUGCCAUUACGAGGCCCUGUGUACGGAGGCAGGACUCUGGCUGCAACCGCAGUCGAGGCAAAGAGCGACACAUUACCCCAGACGACCUGGAGAAGAUGGUCAUCACUAUCAAGGAGAAGAAGGACCUCGAGCCAUUAACCAUGAGCACCCACUCAUAUCUCGCGCCACUCGCGAACAAGAUCACCUCGCCAAAACUCAGCAACACUGCGACUCCCAUCAUCUCCGCACCCGAGCCCGAGAAGGCAUCACCAGCGCCAUCGUCGCCGCAGAAGUCAGUAGAGUCAACCACAACCGACGGAGCAUCAGCAGCAUCAGAACGCAAUACCACGAGCGUCGUCCGUGGAUUCUCACCAUCUCAGAUCUCCUCGUCAUAUCGCUCAAUACCUUUAAUCAGCACACCCGCAUCCGUACCGAAGUCAGCGCUAGCCUCCAAUACGAGGUUAACAGCACCGAAGAAGCAUGCAAUGUUCGCACUGGGUGGAUCGUCACAAUCCGAUAACGACUCGUUGCAGGAGAGCUCAUUAGAGAGCCGGAUGCAACAGUCGAAGAAGAACAAGGCGCGCUCUAACAUGUUCCAGCUCGGUGGGUCAUCAGCGGAGGAUGAGAACUCAUUACGCGAUAGCAUGCAAAGGAAUUCACACCGAAGUUCACUCAGCGACGCACUCCGGAGGCCCGAGCAGAAGAAGCAGACUUCCUUCAAGGAAGAGGUCGCCACCCGGACUAUCGAGGAGAUGAGCGACGAUGUUUUCGAGACCGACGACGACAUCGACGAGAGCGCGAUUGACGACGAUGAAUCUUCGGAUUGGGAAGACUCGAUGGAGGAGAGUGGAAAGUCGAGCAUUGAUGACAAGCUUUCCUUCCCUCGUGUGGAAUCCCGACGCAACUUGACAUCUCGCCGAUCUCUCAUCACCACCAUGCUCCACCAGAACGAUCGGGCUGCCGCACUACAGAGCGCAGCAUCAAAGUCUACUUCGGCAUUACAACGCUCGCGCACCUCUUCGCCACAAGGACCAUCCGAUGCGCCAUCUCCCGAGUCUGACGACAGCGCGCCUUUGACGAUGAAGAGCCGCAUGCGUCCUGGCCAAGAGGUUCCUCGCACUGGUGCCCAGCCAAUAAUCAUGACCACCACCAAUGUGACUCCUCACCAAGCCGCCCUGUCACCCAAGACCACCCGCCGCCAAAUGCUCGCCACCGAACUCACAGCCAGUCUCCGUCGCCACCUCCUCUGGGAGCGCAAGCAAAAGAACCAGACUGCCUCGGCUGUCCUGAAGCGCAGGCACACGGCGCAUGACGUCGCGAACCUUAAACAGUACCCCGACAAGGUGCACCUUGGGACGGAAGACAAGAGUGACCAUGGCAGCUGGAACCAGUACUUCGGCCAAGGUCUAGGUGAAUAUCACUCCAAGGGGUGGUAGACACAUACCUCGCGCGCUCUCAUCAGUCGCAUAAUAUGCCUCGGCUCACCAAAGCGACGAUGGGGGCGCUUUACAGCAUAUACACAAACACGUACCAACAUAAUCGGGGAGAAAGAAAAACAGGCUCCACAGCCACACAUUCAUGCGCUUUUUGGACCAUCUCCCACAGCUAUUACGAAUAUACUUAUCCGCCUCUCCGACCGCGCGCUGCACUGAACAGCACCGGCGCGAGACGGCCUGUUUACUACUCUACCAAAUACAGACGGGGUCGCAGGACCAAGGGAAGGGGAAAGGGGUGCGUCGCACUAUUAAAUCAGCCAAGAUACCACGACCAUUCAAAAGUGAAAUGCGAGUUUAACGGCAUUGUUCGGGAGUUUCCCUGGCUUUUCGAGACGGGAAGGGGUUGUUAUUACAUGAUGCUUCUGCUAUUUUACCUUUUAGCUUCAUCAUUUUUUUUAUCAGCAUGGCUUGGUGCAUUGCAUUGCUUUUUUUAUUAUUUUGCUUUUGUUACUCAACGUGGGUCGGGCGGGAUGCGUAGCCGGUCUCAUGACGUUUAUUUUUUUUAUGUGAGAGGGGAGAGGAGGGGUUGUACAGGGCGUGUGGUUACUAGACCACAGGGAUGUUUUUGCUGAACGGCCUUUUAUUUUUGGAAGCAUUUUUUGAUACCACAGUGGAGCGAGGCGAUACUGCUGCUGAGAGCACAGAUAUCAGAAGCAAAGGGGUGGUGGUGGUGGGGUCCAUGAUACUCUAGAGAGUGGUCAAACAGGAACCUGUUUGUUACACACAAGGUGCCGAGGUAGAGAGGAGGGGAGGGAGAAGAGACAUGUAGAUGCCGUUCUUCCUUUCUUCGCAAGUAGCUACUACGAAAGAAGAAAUAAGAAUUAAUCUCAUGAUACCACAC